CGCAGUUGCGAAUGUUUUUGGACGAGUAUGAAGAAGUACCGUAUGUGGCACUACGCUACCUAACCGGAGAGUGUAACUACGGUGGCCGUGUAACGGAUGAUUGGGAUCGUCGGUGUUUGAAUACGCUUCUAGCAAAGUUCUACACGGCGCAGGUGCUGGAGAACGAGAGAACGGACACUUUGUUGGCCAAUACGCUCAAGACACAGAACACAUCAACCGGUGUGUUCAGGGAAACUCCUGCCGAGCUUGUGAUUAGCGUAUCGUCAAACAUUUUGAAGCUUCUUCCGCCAGAGUUUGAUCGGGACGCCGCACUGGAGAAGUAUCCGACCGACUAUCAUCAGAGCAUGAAUACGGUACUGGUGCAGGAGAUGGUACCGUUUAACAAUCUACUCAUCUGCAUCCGGGGUAGACUCCAGACGGCUCGCAAAGCCAUGCAGGGUCUUGUCGCCAUGUCACCAACCGUGGAAGAGGUGGUCAGCGCGAUACUGGUCGUCAAGAUCCCAUCCGUCUGGGCGAAGCGUUCCUACCCGAGCCUGAAAACGCUCGGCUCGUACAUUGCGGACUUUAUCGCGCGGUUAGAAUUCCUGCAAAAAUGGUACGACGAAGGCCCGCCAGCAACAUUCUGGGUGUCGGGCUUUUUCUUCACCCAGGCAUUUUUGACCGGCGCACAGCAAAACUUUGCCCGCAAGUACGUCAUACCGAUCGAUCUGCUAGUGUUCGAUAAUGGGAUAGGGAAAAAGGCAGGAUGGGAUCUGCAGGAGUCUAUACCACGCGUCCUGUUUGAUACCGUGCCAUACAUUCUGCUGAAACCGAUGAAAAAAGACGAUUUUGUUCCGCGGCACACGUACCGCUGUCCGGUAUACAAGACGGCCGAACGGCGCGGUACGCUUUCCACGACGGGCCACAGUACUAACUUUGUCAUAGCGUUGUUGCUAAAUUGUGAUCCCAAUGUGAAACCGGACCAUUGGGUUUUGCGUGGUGCGGCUAUGCUUUGUCAGCUUAGUCACUAACCGGUUUCAACGCACAGCACGGAGGAAGAAGCAUGAAGUAUAAAAUAGGCUCCUAAUGCUUUUUUGCCCCUUUCUGCGAUCAAUGACGUAGGGGAUUUUCGUUUAAUGAGGGUUUUUCAGAAUUACAAGUCAUUUUACAAGCAAAUUAAGACAUGAUACGAAAAUAGCACGAUAUACAUAUUUAACAAAAGCAACUUUUUUACGUCUAAAAUAUACAAAAUAAUUCAAUUUUUACAAAUAUUUCAUGGAUAUCUGAUUAAAAAUGGUUUGAGUUGCAAAACAUAAUAUAAGCUACACGUGUACUGCUACCGUUCCGUCGACUCAACAAUAAUAAAGC